AUGCCGAGUAAUGCCAUAUUGAGGUUUCGACUUGGUGCCUAUUCAAGGAAAUCGAGGGCCAUUCCUCGCCGGAAACCAGUUGCUUCCCAACUGGACCUGCCGAAACAUGUUAGACCUCACGUCAACACCUAUGAUCCCUAUCACACUCCCUCUCACAACAACGCCCAACAACCUACUCCAAGCCAGCAGAAUGAGAAGAACGUCGUCACAUUUGAUGAGCCGAAGAUCCUGUAUGAGCCAUUCUGGAUCUUUCCCUCAAAGGACAGUGUGAAUACAAGAUCUGGGGUGCAAUUUUAUCUCUACAGCUGGGCGCCAUUUUCUGUAUACCGUCGAGGGAAUAGAACAGCCGCGAAGGUGAUUUUUGAGAUCAUUACCAAAAACAUCUUCCAAGAUGAUAUGCUCUUUGAGGCAACAGUCGCAAAUGCUCGUGCGAUACAGUUGGCUACCACCCCAUACAAACCAGAACAUGGGCAGAUUCUAGCCCAUUAUACGAACACACUCAUUUCAAAACUUCGCUCCAGAAUCUCCACAAAGCACGCUACCUCCGACUAUACUUUGUUGAGUAUCCUGUGCUUACUCACGAUAUACCUCUUUUCCCGACGCGAUUCGGACUGGCAAGCGGAAAUGGAACUGCACCUCACAGCAAUGAGGCGGUUAAUGGAGAAGAGAACUCAUGCCGGCGAAGUUUCAGAGCUGGAUGGCUAUAUCAAUUUUCGGGUGAUGAUGCAUGUUCAUCGGCACAAAAGCACUGCAUGUCUCUCUGUGCUGACUAUGUUUGUUGUACAGGUUUGA